UAUACUGAUGAAAAAAUACACAUGAAAUUGCGUCGCAUCUACUCUUUCACCUUUAUUCUUCCAUUGGCAUCUCCUUUCCCUCCUGUCUCCUUCGCCUUUACACUCCUCUCCUUUUCCUCUACGUCCCCAUCAUCAUCAUCAUCACCUUCACACACCUCUCUAAUGGUGUAAAAACCCUAGCUCUGUCUUUGCAUUAUCAGAGACAAAGCCUAAAGCUUCAAAAGUUAUAGCUCACACUGGUCGGUUUCAUAUCAAUGGCGGCGCGAAAACUCGGAACAACUUUACGUUACUUCUUCUCUCUUCUGUUUCUCUUUGUCGGCUGCUUCUUUCUCUCGCGCUGCGACGGCAGAGAGAAAGAGAAGGUGAGGAAGGACAAGAAGAAGAAGCUGAAGGCAGUUUCGUCUUUUCCUUCUGGCGGGUUGUCGUCUUCUUGGUCGUAUCUUAAGCGGGUUUUCUUAUCCACCGCGAGGAUAUGCAAAUCCCGGAACCAAACGCACCCCAACGUCCCCAUCACGACCUUGACCUCCGCAAGAUCGUCUCAGAACUCGCUGGUCACUCUUAUCCAGCCGGAAAAUACUGUACCCGACCCGGAAACCCUGAACGGGUUAUCGUGCCCGGAGUCCGAUGUAUCCUCUGAUCCUCUUUUCUUCCCCCUGCGUAACGAUAUUUUCCCCUGCACGGCGUGCGGCGAAAUUUUCGAGAAAUCCCAAUUUCUCGAGCAGCACCUGGCGAUCAAGCACGCGGUUUCGGAGCUGAUCGACGGCGAAUCGAGCACGAACAUAGUGAAGAUCAUAUUCAAAUCGGGUUGGCCCGAGAAGGCGGCGAAGAACCCGGAAAUCCACCGGAUCCUGAAGAUCCACAACAGCCCGAAGAUUCUCGCGAGAUUCGAGGAGUACAGAGAGGCGGCGGCAACGCGGCGGCGAUGGGACGAGAGGUGCGCCGCCGACGGGAACGAGCUCCUGAGAUUCUACUGCUCGACGUUCAUGUGCGAUUUGGGGCGAAACGGUAAUUCUGCACUCUGCGGACAACAGUACUGCAGCAUCUGUGGGGUCAUCAAAGGUGGGUUCUCGCCGAAGAUGGACGGGAUCGCGACCAUGGCGUCGAGCUGGAGAGCACACGUGGCGGUCCCCGAGGAGGUGGAGGAGGAGUUCGGGUUCAUGAAUGUGAAACGGGCUAUGCUGGUGUGCCGGGUCGUGGCUGGUCGGGUCGGGUGCGACUCGGUCCCGGAGGAGGAUGAUGACGUGGACAAGGAAGACCGGGGGUGCGACUCUUUGGUGGGGUCCGGGACGGGAAGUGCGAGUGGGACCCUCAUGAGGAUCGACGAUGAAGAGCUUAUAGUGUUUAAUCCAAGGGCUGUGCUUCCUUGUUUCGUGAUAGUGUACACGGUGUCAGCGUGAUCAACGGUCGUGAUUCGUGUGUGUUGAUAUAUAUAUACACAUAUAUAUAUAUAUAUAAUCCCUUUUUUCGCGCUCUGUUUUAGCGGCGAGGGUUUUGGGUUAAUAGAUGUGAUGUAAUGUGGACCGUUGAAUUUGCGAUGGACGGUGAUGAUGAGGUUUGUCUCAGGUUAGUGGGGGAUGUGGAAGUGAUAGGAAAGGCCCCAUGUGUGUUAGCUUUCAUAUGAUGCAGUGUCAAAUGUAAUAGAUGAGUCCAAAGUCUCUGUGUAAUUACUUUGCCCUUUUAUUUUCGUAAAUGUUUUUUUAACGGA